GUAGGUUGACUUUCGUGGUGACAUCAAAUUUGAUCAAGUUAAAUUCAUCUAUCCAACUCGGCCAACAUCUAUUAUUCUUAACAAAUUUCAAUUUAAUAUCAAACCAGGUAAGUAACAUAUAUUUCAAUUAAACCAUUUUAUUAAAAAUUUUUAUCCAUUGACAAGGUCAACGUGUAGCUCUUGUUGGUACAUCUGGAUGUGGUAAAUCAACAAUAAUUCAACUAUUAGAACGAUUCUAUGAUGUUACUAGUGGUCAACUUCUGCUUGAUGGCGUUGAUAUUCGACAAUUAAACAUUCAUUGGGUUCGGUCUCGUUUGGGUCUUGUCAGUCAAGAACCAGUUAUGUUCGAUUUAACAAUUGCUGAAAAUAUAGCGUAUGGCUUAGAAAAUGUUCUAAUAGAAGAUAUUAUCAAUGCAGCGAGUAGAGCUAAUAUUCAUCAAUUUAUUCACCAAUUGCCUCAGGGCUAUGAAACAAAAGUAGGGUUGAAAGGUACUUUUCUGUCAGGUGGUGAGAAGCAACGUAUUGCUAUAGCUCGAGUUCUUAUUCGCCAACCUAAAGUACUGCUCUUAGAUGAAGCUACAAGUGCCAUGGAUUCACAUAAUGAACAUCUUAUACAAGAAACUCUUGAACAAGCUCAAGCAGAAGACUCUAGUCGAACAUCACUCAUUAUUGCACAUCGUCUUUCAACUGUUCGUUUGUGUGAUUCGAUUUGUGUCCUUGAUAAAGGACAUAUAGUGGAAAGUGGUACUCAUACAGAAUUAAUAAAACGACGUGGAGCUUAUUAUAAAAUACUUGCUCAAAACAAUUUUCAAUAA